GUAGGGCCACAGUGCAACAGCCUUCCUCUCCACUCGCUUUUCGGGGACACGGGAAUCACGGGAACAGGCAUAAUUCCCCUCGGGGGGCCCUUUCACUUCUAACCAGCUUUUCUUCAGUUUCAUUUCCCCGAUGUUCGUCUGCGAACGAGGCGGAGCAAGUGAUGAGGCAGCAUCAGAGCAGAAGGCAGAAAACCUCGUUUGUUCGGUUUCGUUUUCUUGGAUAUUAGGGUGGGGAACUGCCAGUAAAAGCCAGGCAUAAGAGAUCCGCCUGCAGGGCAGAUCGGGCAGAUCUUCGCUCGAGGCUCUGGGAAGGGAUCAAUAAAGAAAAAUACCACAGAACAAAAUGUCGAAGUACCGUUCCUGGCGUGAAACUCCAACUGAGCGGCGUACCCGGAAAAUUUUGAACAAGCUGUCUCCAGAGGAGGAGAUAGAUAAUCCGUUGGAUAUUUCAAAUGUGCAGCAAAAUGUGGCUAUAGGCACCUCCCCACCACCGUUACCGGAAGAAGUGAAACCUACGCCAUCUUUUGUUGUGCCAAAUGUAUUUGUUCCACAAAAAAAUGAAGGUUUUGUGUUCAACCCACUACCCAUAAAAAAAGAGAAUAUCAAUCAACUGGGAGAACAAAAACAACUCAAUAAGAAACCAGAAAACACUUUAUUUGAUCAAUAUGAAGAGAAGAUCCGUCCUUGUAUUGACCUGAUUGAUUCUCUGAGAGCCCUUGGAGUGGAAAAGGACUUGGCAUUGCCAGCAAUUGCUGUGAUUGGAGAUCAGAGCUCUGGGAAAAGCUCCGUUCUGGAAGCACUCUCUGGAGUCGCUCUUCCUAGGGGCAGCGGUAUUGUUACCAGAUGUCCUUUAGAACUCAAACUGAAAAAACUGUCUUCUAGAGAAAAAUGGAAAGGGAAAAUUAGUUACCUGGAUAAAACUAUGGAACUCACAUAUCCUUCAGAGGUAGAAAAAGAAAUAAGAAAAGCUCAGAACAUAAUUGCUGGUGAUGGAGUGGGCAUUAGCCAUAAAUUAAUUAGCCUUGAAAUUAGCUCUGCCGAGGUUCCAGAUCUAACACUGAUUGAUCUACCAGGAAUUGCAAGAGUGGCUGUGGGUAAUCAGCCAGUAGAUAUUGGAGAUCAGAUCAAAAAGCUGAUCAAAACAUUUAUUGAUAAGCAAGAGACAAUAAAUUUAGUGGUGGUUCCAAGUAAUGUCGAUAUUGCCACAACAGAGGCACUGAAAAUGGCUCAGGAGGUGGAUCUGAAUGGAGAGAGAACCCUUGGCAUCCUGACAAAGCCUGACCUGAUGGAUAAAGGAACUGAGGGGACAGUUGUGAACAUACUGAGAAACCAGGUCAUCCCCUUGAAAAAGGGAUAUAUGAUUGUGAAAUGUCGUGGGCAGCAAGAUAUCCAGUCCAACAUGGCCCUGGCCUCUGCAAUCAAGGAAGAGAGAAUGUUUUUUGAGAAACAUAAAUACUUUAGAAUCCUUCUACAGGAAAAAAAAGCCACAAUCCCCUUACUGGCUGAGAAACUUACAGGUGAACUUGUGGAACACAUUUGUAGAUCUUUGCCCACUUUAGAAGAGCAAAUAAGCGUUCAGCUCCAAAAAACAAAUGCUGAGAUACAGAGGUAUGGCAAAGGGACACCAAGAACUGAUGGCGAGAGGCUGUAUUUUUUAACAGAUAAAAUCCAGUGGUUUAAUGCAGAUAUCACAAGUUCAGUACAAGGAGAAGAAAGAGUGUCUGAAAAUGAUACCAGACUAUUCACCAAAAUUCGUAAAGAAUUUCAGAAAUGGGGCCAAAUAGUCACUGACAGUGGCUUAAAGAUUCAAAAAUCCCUACAACCUGAGGAGUGGAGAUUUGAGAAUCAGUAUCGUGGCCGAGAGCUUCCAGGAUUUGUCAAUUACAAAACAUUUGAGAUUAUUGUAAGGAAUCAUAUCAUGAGAUUGGAAAUACCAGCUGUUGAAAUACUGAACAGAGUUACAGAAAUAGUGCGUCAAGGUUUUGCAGAGGUUGCUAAACGUCAUUUUGAAGAUUUUCACUAUCUAUAUAUAGAAGCUAAGAACAGAAUUGAAAGUAUUAAAGAGAAACAAGUAAAGGAAGCAGAAGCUACAGUCAGGAUCCAGUUUGCAAUGGAACAGAUCUUAUACUGCCAGGACAGUAUGUACAAGUGUGACUUAAGAACUGUAAAGGAAAAAAUGGAAAUGAGCUCCUCGAAUGCAAAAAAGUCUCUCCAUCCCAUGGAUGUUGUUUUUUGUUCUGGAACUUCUCAAGAAGACACUGCAAUCACUGAAACAGCUUUUCAUUUAGAGGCAUACUUCAAGAGUGCAGGCCAACGUCUCAGUUCUCAAAUUCCUCUCAUUAUCCAGUUCUACAUCCUCAAGAAAUAUGGAGAUAAUCUGCAAAAUGGAAUGCUGCAACUAUUGCAGCAAAAAGAAAAAUUGAGCGUUUUGCUCCAGGAGCGCAAAGAUUCUGCUGAACAGAGGCAGUUCCUAACUGACCGUAUUGAUCGCCUGAGUCAAGCUCGGAACCACUUAGCAAAAUUUCCUAGCUGAAAACAUGCACUACUCUUUAUGAAAAGCUAGGUAACUAGACAACCAUAGGUAUAUUACAUCACAGUUGUUAAAAUGUGGUUCUUUUCAUCAGUUACAAUUCAUUAAGCAAUCUGGAAGAGCUUUUUAGUUUAGUAUUUGUUAAACAUCUCAAGGACAAAUUCCCUUACAUCCACCUUGAUUUAGAUGCCAUUGGUUUGGACUGUUUAAACUAAUGGAAUGGGGAAUGUACCAAAUAGUCUCUACCCUUUGCACAAACAGCUGAAGGCUCCAUUAUUAUAGACAGUGAUGCUCUUCAUGCAAAGGAAGGGGCUACUUGGCCAAUUCCUGCUCCUCUGUGUUGAUGAAAAUAGAGCAUUAAUGUCUGAUUAGGGGAAAUAACCAGUUCUCUCAAAAUAAUUUCAGUUGUUGUGGGCUGAGGAUGUAGUCAAAGUGGUCGAUAGGCCUCCAGUCUGUUUGUUCAACCAUUGUCUAAAAAAUCUAUGCUGAGACUGACCAGCUAAUUAUGAAUGCAUUACUGCAAGAGGGAUAAUCCUAGUUUCCUUGGAAGAGGCAGUCAUGGCUCCUAAAGAAACGUUCUGGACCAGCCUUUCCCAACUAGUGGGCCACCAGAUGUUGUUGGACCACAAUUCCCAUCUUUCCUGACCAUUGGCAAUGCUGGCUGAGGCUGAUGGGAGUUGUGGUCCAACAACAUCUGGUGGCCCACUAGUUGGGAAAGGCUGCUCUGGACUAUAAAUUGUUACAACUAAUUGACCCUUUGCAGAUAUCUCUUUUCAGGGGUAAGGUAUCUGUGCUGCUUUAGGUGUGAUUAUAGCCGUGGUUGACCUAGUAAUGUUGAAGUACCAUGAAGAGCCCUUCCCAGUUUUUAUUAUUGCUUUUUGUCCUUCUCUGAAAUGGGUAUUUUAUGGUGACUACAUCAGCUUAUUUACAAAUGUGCCCAAAACGAAUAGGAGGUGAAGAUUUCUCCUUAUAUGCCAAGCUGCUUUAACAGGCAUCAGGCUGGUGAUGGACAGUGCUCAUGGGCUACAUUUUGUUCAGAAUUCCAUGCCUGCAUGAAGUAACUGAGUGAUGGCAGCUAGGAAGUUAAGAACAUAAGAGCCUGCUGGCUCAGGCCAGUGGCCCAUCUGGUCCAGCAUCCUGUUGGCCAACCAGAUGGUUAGGUCCUGCUUGUGGGCUUUCCAUUAAUGCAAGAGCACUCUCCCCUCCUGUGGUUUCCAGCAACUGGUAUUUGGAAGCAUACCACCUCUGAUUAUAGAGGCAGAGCAUAGCCAUCAUGGGUAAUAGCCUUAUCCUCCAAGAAUUUUAAAAUCCUCCAAGUUCAUGGCCAUCACUGCCUCUUGUGGGAGCGUGUUCCACAGCUUAACUGUGCUGUGUGAAGAAGUACUUUAGUCUGUCCUGCACCUUUGAACAUUCAGCUUCAUUGGAUGUCCACAAAUUCUAAUGUUAUGAGAGAGGGAGAAAAACCAUCUACUUUUUCCAUGCCAUGCAUAGUUUUAAACACUUCUAUCAUGCCCCCUUACUCAUUUUUCUAAACUUAAAAACUCCAAAUACUGCAACUGUUCCCUGAUCAUUUUGGUUGUCCUUUUCUGAACCUUUCCCAAUGCCACAAUAUCCUUUGAAGUAAGAUGACCAGAACUGUACACAGUAUUUCAAAUGCAGCCACACCAUAGAUUUGUGUAUUAUUGUAUAGGCAGUGUUAUUUGAAAUACCUUUCCUAAUGAUCCCAAGCAUAGAAUUUGCCUUUUUCUACAGUUGUCACACACUGGGUCAGCAUCUUCCCUCAAGCAUCCACUGUGCCCCUAAGGCAGCCUUUCCCAACUAGUGGGCCACCAGGUGUUACUGGACCACCAGGUGUUAUUGGACCACAACUCCCAUCAGCUUCAGCCAGCAUUACCAAUGGUCAGGAAAGAUGGGAAUUGUGGUCCAACAACAUCUGGUGGCCCACUGGUUGGGAAAGGCUGCCCUAAGGGCUUGUUCCUGGUCAGGCGCUGCCAUUUCAGACACCAUGAGUUGGUUAACAUGGAACUCUCUCACACACAUUGAUCACCUCCAUUGCCUCACCUCAACCAGAGGAUCAGUAAUGGUUCUUAGUGUCCACUUGUUUUUUUCCACAGCAGGCAAAUACUUUUUAGUUUUCCAAGUGUUCUUCAGUAAUAGCUGCAUCUGGUGUUGGGGGCAGCAAUGUUCCUGUGUUAUCUACUGUCCUGUUAAUUAUUGUGUUUUCCUUGUUUUUAAUAGAAUACAUUCUCUUACAAUAAAAAAGCAGGAGAAAUAAUUGUAUAUAAUCUGUUCCUGUCACAUAAUGGAAGGUAUAAUGCUUCCCGAGCUACAGAGCAGCAUGGGAGUGAAUUUCACAGGGGCACAGGGCUUGCUUUUUCUUCAAUCUAAGUGGCCAGUUUAAACCUUGUAUUGGCCGCGUUUGCCUCUCAGCACCUUUGCCUUUGGCUUCUUAAGGAGAACUUUCCUGUUGGUCGCAUCUUCGUGGGGCCUGUUUAUGCUGCCCCCUCGCUGUUUACUACACUGGACGCUGGAUGCUGAGAGUGAGAGGAGGUGCCACUUUCGGUUUUGCAAAUGACGCACCUUUUGGACUAUACAGGCUAGAAGCCUUAUUGAACCUUACUGUAGUAGCUUUUACCUGGUUGUUUUAGUUUUAUUGCUUGUUUUUUUUUGAUGUUGUGAUGUUUAUAUACCUUUACUUUGUACAUCGCUCAGAGUGGCUGGGUCUCCAGCCAGAUGGGUGACAAAUCGCAUAAAUAAACAUGCCGUUUUAA